CCCGCCCCUCCCUCCUCCAUUCCUUGCGAGUCCCUGUAACUUACACCUCGGGGUCUGUAAUUGGCAGCUGCUCGGAGGCAUCAGGAUCACGAAGGGCACAAGCAGUAGUGACUGGUGACAUGGCGGACGAGUCUGCUUGUAACUGACGUGCCAUGGGAGACACCGGGAAGUCACUGACGAGCAGAGGGAGGAAGGAAGUUUAGUGAGGAGGAAGAGCAGAUCUGCUGCUGCGGCACUUCUUGGAAGACUGACUGGUCGUAGUAUGGGAGGCAGCAGAGGUCCCGUAUGUAGAUGAGGUCACGUGACAGGGGUAUAGGUGAGACCAGUGACUGUAUACAGGAGAGCCUCCUGGGGAUUGCAUUAUGGAUGAGAAGAUAGAGGAGAUCUUUGGAGAUGAGGUGGAGAGCAGGACCUCCCUGGAGGUCUAUGAUGAGAUGGUCACCACCAUGGCUUCAAGCAUCUAUUCUGAGCUGGAGAAACUGGUUGGCGCCUAUGGACAAGAGUCCGUCACAGGUCUGAUGCCCCUAAUGGUCUCGGUCCUGGAAAGCCUGGCCACAACUUGUACCCGCUCCAGGGAGAAAGAGGACCAACUGGAGAUGGUCCAAGAUGAUAAGCAGAGACUGCUGAUCCAGUAUGAAAGGGAGCGGGACGGACGGAAGCGGGCAGAAGAGAGAUGUAUGGAAAUGGAAGAUGGUAUUGAACAGGAAAGGAAACUUUUUAAAGCCAAUUUUCUAAAUAUGGAAGCUCAGACCAAGAACAUGGAGAUGAAAGCCCGAAGUUAUGCAGAUCAGAUUGUUGGAUUGGAGGAGCAAAAGGCACUCCUGAAUAAGGAACUCGCCUCUCUUACACAACUCCAUGCCAAGAUUGUGAAGAGCUACAAAGAGUUGCGAUACCAAAGAUCACUUUCUUCAGAAGCUGUUCGACUCUCUGGACGCAACAGUUCCCUGCAGGGCUUAGAGAAGAAGGCAAUGCUGUUAGAUUUUCAGGAGGCCCCGUCAUCUUUAGAAUCCGUCCCUGAUGGUGGAUGCCCUUACAACCUUAGUAAUGAAAAAGCUUUAAUAGAAGAUUGUAAACCAGCGAUCGCAGGCACCAGCUCCCAAGAUGACACGAAUGGCCUUCCCAAAGAGGAGCCUGAGGAGAAUGCAUUUCCACUUCAAGAUGAACUGCAACUGCAAGCUGAAGAUCCGCCUCAGCCAGAAAUACCAUCUGUCGUUGAUGACAUCAUUAAUUCUACUCCUGAACUGAAACUACAUUUGGAAGCUUUUGAAGUGAGUACCCCAAAACCAAAUUCAGAUCCAGGAGAGGAAGCGCAUGAGCGGAACAAUGAUUCCCUUUUUGCUGAGAUGUAUGGAACCAGUCCAGAAUUUAUUUCAGAUGUGGACGAGGGUGCUGACUUACAAGGUGGUAAUCCUGUCGAUGCUUUGAUAAUGGAGAAUGCCCAGCUGAGAGAUGCACAGACUGAGGUUGAUAUGGCUAGGAAGAGUCUCAUUGCGCGGGUGGAGGAGCUGACCGCAGAGCGAGAGGCUCUGAAAAGCGAGAUCGACACUGUAAUACAAAAUCUGUCUCGUUGUGAGUCCAAGUUACGAGAGACGGAGCAGGAUUUGCAGAUGACUCGCACUGAACUGGAUGAAGCAAGGAAGUUAUGCAGAGAGGAUACUGAGGUGGACAUUCCAGCUGCCCAGAGAAAACGGUUCACCAGAGCAGAAAUGGCGCGUGUGCUGAUGGAAAGAAACCAGUACAAGGAGAAACUUAUCGAACUUCAGGAUGCAAUACGCAGAACUGAAAUGUUGAGGGCUUCUAAGGAGGUCCAAGAUGUACAGAUGAAAAAGUCUUCCUUCUGGAAGGUAUUUGACAGACUAUUUAAUUCUUCUACUGGACCACAAGGGAAAGAAGUAACACCACCACCAACGCCUUCUCCAGUACUUAUCCGAGCCAAGUCUUCUGCUGCUAUAAUGUAUUCUACUGAUGGAAACAGUGUUACACGAAAUCAGUCUGGGAAUUUCUAUGCUCCUAAUACCUCAGAUGACGUUGACUCUUUGUCAUUACGAGGAAAGAAACAAGAACAUUAUCGUCAGAUUCGUUCUCAUAUCUGGAGUGAGCACGGGAGAGCACAGAUUCAUGGCUGGAGUCUUCCUCUUGCUUUAAAGAACAGGGGGGACUCUCAUGCAGAAGGCGAGCCUAGGGAUGCACCUGUGUUAGUCCAACUUCGUCUUUUGGAUCAGAAAGAUCCCAGAACAAAGCUGUGGUGUGCAACUGGAACGACGACAACAGACUCGAUGACCAAAAGAAAUGAAGAUGGUACGCACUUGAAUAGUUUAACGUGGAUCUGUUCGGGUACCCAUUCUGUCAGCGAGAUCAUGGUGAUAGAUGCAAGUUCUUCAAACCAUGUCAUGGAUCAGUUUGAAAUUCACAAUGCACAUGUCCUCUGCGUCACCUAUGUGCCAGCCCACAGACUGAAUUGUGUAGAAGAGCAAGAAACCUGUAACGAUGUCAGCAGAGAUUCCACCGUCUGGCUGGGGACACAGGAAGGAAGUUUGUUCAUUCAUUCGGCUGUCUCUGGAUGGAGGACGUGUCUUCAGAAAAUUCAGCUUAAAGAUGCAAUCCACAGUAUUACGCACAACGAUGGCCGUGUAGUCACUACUUUGGGUGACGGGACACUUGCAAUUUUUAAAAGAAAUGCUGCUAGGAACUGGGAUUUGGACAAUCCAAAAGUUGUGGACUUGGGGAGGCCGCAGCAAUCAAUCCGCUGCUCUGCGGCUGUUCACGGGGACGUGUGGUGUGGCUACCGGAAUCGGAUUUAUGUUGUGGGUCCAAGGAUGGCCAAAGUCAAAAUAUGGUUUGAAGCAACGCAUCGUCCUGAAAGUCAAGUGAGGCACAUUGCCGCUGCGAGAGAUGGAGUAUGGGUGUCUGUCCGCCUGGAUUCUAUUCUACGUCUGUUCCAUCCCGAGACCGGGCAGCCUUUACAAGAACUGGAAUUAGAGCCGUUCAUUCAGAGAAUGUUGGGUUCGAGCAGCUUUAUGUCUAUGGCCCAGGUCUCUGCACUGUCUGUAUUCUGUGAGCGCUUGUGGGUCGGCACCUCCUGCGGUGUCAUAGUUUCUAUUCCUUUCUCCAAGGGAACACUGGAACAGUCUGGAGAAGUCAAGGACAACAAGGAUAUCUUAAAUCAGACGAGCCCCUACUGUUCCCUGGAGCAUGCACAAGUCUCGUUUCACGGUCACAGAGAUUCUGUAAAAUUUUUUGCAUGUGUUGCAGGUUACAUCAACCCUUCUUUGCCAGGAGGUGGCAGUGGAAAUACAAGAAACUCAAGUAUUUUAGUGAUGAGCGGCGGUGAAGGAUACAUCAACUUCAAGAUUGGUGAUGAAACUGGAGACACAGAGGAGGGUUAUGGAGAACGUCUACAAACAAACCCAAGAUACAGGAGAUCAGAAAGAAGCCAUCUCAUUGUUUGGCAGAUACAAACCUAAUGACUGACAUUAGCCUACACUGAGAAGACUGACUUGUUAUGUCAAAUAUAAACGUUUGGGCUAGUGGUUUGUUACUGUGCGUACAGUGAACUGCCUUAAUGUAAAACUGGACAUUCUGGGUUCUGUGCAAUUUGAAUCUCUGGGAUAAAGUCUGGUUGUGCUGUGGAUGUUAUUUAAUUUGUAUUGUCUGCCGGAGAUGUCAUUCAGUGUUGCUUUUUGAAUUUUUGAAAAGUAUUUUUUUUUAGCAUGAACAAAUAUGUGUGGCAUGUCAACUCUAUAUGGGUUUAUUAUUGCUCAUUUUUAGACAUACCAAAAUGUACAGCUGAGGCUUUGUCUGCACAUACAUUGAUGGCAUAUUGCUAGUAUCAGUGGGGCAACUUCCCUCCCCAGACAAUCGCAAUGACCGCAUUGCUGGAAGAGAGCACUGCCACUGACUUAAAGGUUGUCACCAAAAAAUUGUAUUGGGGCAAAAUGUCAUGACCCGGAACAAAGCCCCUCAAUUAUUACACCAAUCAAAGCAAGUCCGAGUAGAAAAUACCAAAAAUAUAUCUUUAUUAUUUAAUUAUUAUUUCAUGAUAA